AUGGGCUAAUGUUGCACUGCUGAUAAAAAGAAUAACAAAAAACAAUUGAAGUAUACCAAUAAGAGUCUUCAAACUAGCGAACGCCAACAAAGCAUUAACCGCAAAUCAAUCAAGGAAGAAAUCCGUCACGUAGAAGAAGAAUAACAAUAAUAAAAUAAUUUAGAAAACCUCGAAAGUUCAAUGGGAAAUUGUUGUGCUGCAAACGAAACUGUUGUUCCAGAUGUUAACAAUAGUAAUGAACAAAAAUAACCUAUGCCCAAGUAAACAGUUGAAGAGAUUUUGAACGAUUUACUUAAAAACGAAAACGAAGAAGAUAGAUGUUUCUAAUACUAAAACGAAAAGUACAUCGUAAUUAAGCGUGUUGAACAUGAAGAAGAAAAAGACUAUGUUGAAUACAUUCUUAAGAAAGUUAGCGACGGUUAAAAUUACUCUUUGAAAAUAUUAAAGAAUCGUCAAAACUACUCAGAAAUAGUUGAAGAAAUUAAUGCCAUUUAGGAAAAGCAAUAAGUCCUCAAAAACGAUGCCAUAGUCCGUUUCUAUGGUUACAGCUUUGCUGGAAAUUAAUUGUGUGUUUUGCAAGAAGGUAACAACCAAGGUACUCUCAAGCAAUUCAUAGCAGCUCCUUCUACCAAUGCAUCUGCUAAUUUGGUGAUUAACUUCAUUAUCGAAUUAUAUGAAGCUCUUAAGGAAUUCUACAAAGAGUCUAUCUAUCCCUAAGUAAUUACUUUGGACAACAUAGUUAUCCAAAACAAUCGUAUUAAAAUUGAUACUCUUGGUGUCCUCGACUUCGGAAAGAAAAUUACUUACAACGAAAGCUAAGACUAAAUCUAACGUAUCAUCUACGAAAACCGUAUCAAGGAAAAGAAGAGCAUAAAGGAAUCUGGUAAAGUAGUUAUGUAACUCCUUCUCCGUUGCCAAGAUGAAAACUUCCAAGAAUAUUUAUUCACUUAAUGUCCUUUAAUGAUGUAAAACUUCUUCUUAAACAUUACCAGCGACUAAUUAGAAAGAAGAUCCACUGCCGUCGAAGCUGCUCAAUAAGUUAAAUUAAUGGCUUAAAAUCCUCAAGUCAUUAGUCUAGUUAACCAACAAUAUUUCUCAUCUUUAACUUAUAGCCAAGCCAAGUUUUACUGA